UGCGUCACUUCGGAGAUGGGAGCCUCGGAAUCGAAGCUCGUCUUUAAACAAGGCAUCUUUCGCUUGUACGAGGACAAAAACAUCCCUGCUGAUGAUCCAUUUUGGGUAAAGUUCUGGGAGCUGCCCGAAUCGUCCGAGGAUGUGUUUAGCUUGUUCACCCCUGCCGACAUACGGCGGGCUAGAGAUUCAGCAUUGCCUAACCUCGAAACAUUGCUACUGGCCGUAUGCUCUCGCUUAAUCGUGUUGAAAAACCACCCUUCCUUUCCCGAUCCUGAAUUCGCCCCAGACAAAGACGCUCUCAACUGCAUUCGCAUCCUGACCAGACUCCUACCCUUUGUACACGAGGCCGACCAUUUGGAAGGAUGGGAAGAACAGUUUUUCUGGGCCGGUCGCAAGAAGAAGACUCGCCGGGCCCAGGUGGCAUCAGUGGUACUGUUCGAUGAAGCGAAUACGGAGACUGAAGAAGGGGCAGAUUCACCCCAAGACAAUGACCAUGAGGACGUCAAGCCGUUAGGGGAGGAGUUGAUAGACACUUUGCUAGAUCUCCUCUUCUACACCGGAUUUACCAUUCCUAAGCUCUCAACAACAAAGACCAAAAUAUCAUACGCUAUAUGGCAGAGCGGAGUUGGCUGCAACACGGCAAUGGUAUCGACCAAGGAACUUGAGAAUAAUCGCAUGGAAGUCUUGAGAUUGCUACUCACUUUGACUGGCAAGUCCAUGUAUAUGUCUCCGAGUCUCCUCCCUGUCAAGGGGGUCAGAGCUAUCACUUAUAUUGCUUCGUGUCCUGAUAAACAGGUUGUCUUGACUCUCUUGUGCUCGCUUUUAAAUACGACAAUCAAAUAUAACCCGGCUAUCUGGAAAGUCCCUUACGAUCACGUCGUCUGGAAAGACCCCAAGCAAAUACUUGUCAUUUAUUGUCUGCAGUUCUUACUAGUCGUCCUUCUUUACCCGAUUCCAGAGGAAGGGCGUGGAGUUCCCCCAAAGAAUUAUUAUCGUCAUUACUUCGGUCGACUUCAUCGACCCCAAGAUUUUCAAUUCCUUGUUGACGGUAUGACGAGGGUUUUGAAUCAGCCGAUGCAAGCGACGACUUCGUAUCUUCCCGGGAGCCAAAGAUCCGUCAAGUGGGCUCCCGAAAUGCUCAUGCUAUUCUGGGAGGCGCUACAGUGCAACAAACGGUUCAGAUCAUUCAUCAUAGACUCCAAUAGAUCGCAUGAGUUUGUAAUUUCCUGCCUGUUCUACGCAAUUGAGUACAGGAAUGACCCAUCCAAACAAGGCGUGGUCAAGUUGUGCAUCUUUAUUCUUCAAACUCUGAGUGUUGAGGCUAGCUUUGGGAAAAGCCUAAAUAUAAGUUUCGAGGCUCAAGAUACGCUGCCUACAAGUAUUCGUCUCACCGGCUUUCGAGGCUCUUAUGCCGAUUACCUCAUCAUUUCGAUACAUACUCUAAUGACUACAAGCAAGGGAAAUCUGGACGCAGUUUAUCCUGCUCUACUUGCCAUUUUGAACAAUAUAGGGGCAUAUGUGGAACGACUAUCACCAAGUGCCUGCUCCAAAAUACUGCAGCUGUUCGCCUCAAUGUCAUCACCGAGCUUUUUGCUCGCCAAUGAAACCAACCACACGUUGCUGUCCGCAUUGGUCGGAUUCAUUAACCUAAUACUCGAAUAUCAGUUUACAAAAAAUCCUUUCUUGAUUUACGGCAUUCUCAAGAACAGAAGACGUUUCGAAGCAUUGCGAACGUUUACCCUUGAAAGCGGCCAGCAAGAAAUUGAACGCCAGACUCAAAUAAGAAAGGCAAACUCAGCAGCUGGAGACGGUGGCUCCAACCUUACUUCGCAAUCUAUGGAUGACCCCAGAAAGACUAGUGGUGCACGGUCUCCUUUGACUCAUAUCCCAGAGGAGAGCAGUCCCUUUGCUAUCGGAGGCGAUGACUCUGACGAGGAAGACGAUGAUGAAGAGGACGACGACGUUCAAAAUACGCCGUCGCAAUCGUCUCCGUCACAACGAACGUCGCGAGCACCUUCGGUUUCGUCUUCAACGGACGGUACCGUCCCACUUCAAAUGAGAGGCAUGUCAGAAAAGGCUCGAGGGAAAAUGCCGGCGGGUCAAAUGAACUUUUCACGACAAAACAGUUUGACCAGUUUGAGCAGCUAUUCCGCAACAAUUCAAUCUGCGUCUGCCCAUUUCACUCCAACGGCAACAUGGAUUGAGUCAUGGGUUAUUGAACUACCUCUUCAUACGAUAUUAACGAUUAUCUCAUCGAUCUUGCCUCAUAUCCCUGCCAAUGCCUUACAGACAUCCUCGAGCCCCGAGGCCCGGACAUUGAUCAGCAAUCUGCCUACUUUCUCUGAAGAACCGAAUAUCCACAUAUUAUUAUCAGAUCUGUCUCCUGUCAAGGUUCAUUCGUUUGAAUGGUCUGCAUUAGCCUUGGGCUGGUAUGAAUCGUUGCUUUGGGGGUUCAUCUUCUCCAGUGAAAUGGUUGUCGGGUCGGCGAGCAAUUCAACUCCAGGCACUGUGGGCGUCUGGAAUGGCACCGGAAUUAAGCUAUUCAGAGUCCAGGAAAUGGCAGCCCAAGGCCCAUCACUCCUCGCUCCAAGAGGUGCGGUUGAUGCUGUCGGCAGCAAUCUAGUCAACCGGAUCGGCAACCUGAGUUUCCGGGGUCGACCUGGUAACAACCAAGAAGGUCCUAACAGCACUCAGUCGCCGAGUACUCGUGAGAUCGGAUUCUCCAUGGCCACUCCACAGCUGGCGGACCUCUUAGCUGAGGUCCUGCCCAAGGACAUCAAGUUGAAUGUGCGCCACAUCUCCACGCCGCCAGCACAGUGCGAAGCCAUAUUCUCGGCGCCGCCAGGCAAAGAAGCCGAAACCACCUUUUGCGAAAACCACUUCUUCGUGGCUUCGCUCAACCGAAGCAAAGACCGGGUCGACGAUGAAAUUGCUAUUUUGGGCAUUGAGGUUGCCAUCUAUUCGACCGAUCGACUCACUAUUCUUUUUGUCUCCAAGGCUGACUCUUCGGGAUACUUGCAUCUGCUCAAGUCGACGGCGGCGGCGGCGGCGCCAAGGACAGCGUCGCUCAGGUUGAUUUCAACUACUUUUUUGUCCUUUUUGAUUCAGACUCAUCAGCGUAAAGGGGUCAGGUUGGUUCUUUCUCUUUUUGCUCGCGCGCAAAGCCAGUAUUUGUUUCCCGGCAGCGCGGACAAUACCAAAAAACACGUCUUGGACGACCGCGGAUUGAUCAAAUGGUGGUGCCAAGCUGCCGAUCCUAUUCUCCGAGAGCACGCUGUAGAGUCCCAGGGCCACUAUGGCGAUCAUCAAGAAGACUCUUCUAUUGAUGAAAAAGUCGAGAGUGUGAAUAGUUCAGCUACGGCUUAUUUACUGGUGCCGGGAUGUGACAAGUACGAAACACGCGCGUUCUUUCCAGCUUCGGCCCGAGCAGAUGAUCAGGGGAAUCCACGGUGGCGAGUGUCGUAUCCUCUCAGCCAGAUCUGUAGCCAUCCUCAGGCGCCGCCCAGAUGCUUGAUUCCAAGGUUUCCUGACGAUCCAAAGGCGCGUUUUCUUUGGGAUCUGGAUGAGGAGCUACCCAAGACGUCAGAAAAUGCAGAGGCAAACAAAUCUGGCCAAUGGAAAAGCGUGAAAUCUCUCGACGAGUUUUGGGAGAUGAUGUCUUUCCGGCAAGAAUGCUCUGCGGGGAGACUUGUUGGGUUUUUAUGGGUUGUUAUCAAUCCUCCAGGCGUUCUCAGUUCGGACAAACUAUCCAACCAAACUCAAGGAACCGCCACUGCUGAAAAGAUCAAGGACGCUGCUUCUUCUAGCGUGUCUUCUAGCACUGCUCCUGCCAGCACUACCGCCGAGGCCAAGUUUGACGAUAGAUCAUUGCCCCCGUCGCUACAGAACCCGAAUCAGUCAGAGACUGGCACAGAUGCUUAUCGCCAUGCAUUCUUCUGGCCCGAAGCCGGUCGCGGAGAAGUCAUUCUAAGUGAAGCCGAUUACAACGCCGGCAACGACGUGUUACUCGACCAAGAUUUCGAGACUGAAGACCUCGCCAUGACAGGCACCAUGGCUUGGGUCCGCAAGGUUGCCGCGCUCGCAGACGUCUUGUGGUGGGGACGGCCUGUUACUGGCAAGAAGGAGAUAUCGCAGCCUACAGCGCCGUCAUCAGCGCCAGUGGCGACGAUCAAUUCGGGACUCAUCGUGCGCAAACGAAAGAAGGACGACUCUCAGGAUGCCCCUGUGCCCGCUUCCAACGGAUCCGAUACAUUGCCUGGUGAAUACAACCAGCCAGUCAGCACUGCGUCUACAACUGGAAAGGAUGCCGAAGCUGUGCCCGAAGCAUCCAGUGAGCCAGGAGUUAACCUUCUCAACGCUAGUUUUGUGAGGAAGAAAAAGAAGACCUGA